AUGAGAACACAAAGCCUUCCACGUGGCAGUUCCAGUCAGUAUUACGCUUUUAUUAGAUAUGGCAGAAAUGUUUCUGUGCUUUCACGAGCACUGCCUGCGGUGCUGACUGACGUGUGCGUUUGGUUUAUUUCCAUAGGUGUGUUCUGCAUGCCUUUGUACAUCCCUUAUGCCCUGACAGGGACGUGGCACUUGGGAAGAGGCCUGUGCAAGCUGUGGCUGGCUAUGGACUAUCUCCUGUGCACAGCUUCAGUGUUCAGCAUCGUUCUUAUCAGCUACGACCGUUUCCUGUCAGUUACAAAAGCUGUAUCUUACAGAGCCCAACAGGGAAUAACUUCCAACCCUGUGGUCAAGAUGGUGGCCAUCUGGGUCUUUGCCUUCCUCCUCUACUGCCCAGCAAUCUUCUUUUGGGAGCACGUGGCCGGCCGCAGCACGGUAGCGGUGGAUCAGUGCUACGCCGAGUUCUACCACAACUGGUACUUCCUCCUGUGCGCGUCCACCCUGGAGUUCUUUUUGCCGCUGCUCUCGGUGACCUACUUCAACGUGCACAUCUUCCACAACAUCCAGAGGCGCCAGCGGCGCGGCAGCACGCAGGACUGCGAGCCUCCAAGGAGCGGCAGCCUGUCCUGGAGAUUUUGCUUCUUGCCAAGGCCAGGAGCAUCUUCUACUCCAUCGGAAGCAGAGGACAGUGUUUCAUCAUUAACAAGGUCAUGGAGACCAGCAGUGAUGGCUAACUGUCCAUCUCCAACACAAACCAGUACCACGGCUCUCAAAAAGGACUUUUCUGUUUCUUUCCGUUCAAGGACUGGGUCAAAACUGCAGCAGGACAAAAAAAUAGCCAAGUCGCUGGCCGUAAUUGUGUGUGUCUUUGCCAUUUGCUGGGCCCCAUACACUUUACUAAUGAUUAUUCGUGGGGCCUGCCAAGGAACCUGUGUCCAUAACUCCCUGUAUGAAAUAACCUUUUGGCUUCUGUGGCUCAAUUCCUCACUGAACCCAUUUCUUUACCCUCUCUGUCAUAUGAGGUUUCGAAUGGCUUUCAUGAAAAUAUUAUGUCCCAGAAAGUUUGCAACACUGAGAUCACGUAACACACCAUCUUUGUAG